UCGUCCGCGACAGGUCGAACAAGUUCUCGGGCAUGAGUUCCGCGGCCGAAAGCGUUUUCCUCGUGCUGUUCCUCUCGACGCCGAUCCGGCACGACUGGGCCAUGCCGUGGUCGGAGUCCGCCAGCGAUUGCGCCGCCUCCGCUUCGAAUCCGAGCUUCGAUCGGCCGACGGGAACGGAAUCGGCCUCGGCGACAGGCGCGCGAAUAGCCGCGAACGAGGGGAGCGUGCUCUCGACGUUCCUCGAGGAGCUCGAGAGCAGACUGUCCCGCCUCGAGAGGAGACUCAGAGCGGUCGAGCAACCCGUUUGGCAGAUGGGCGCGGCCGAGGAGGACUGGGAGAUCUGCGCGGAGGGACCGUGCCGCUGUCAGCCAGAGAUCAAGUCCGUGUCCUGCUGGAGGCAGGACUUGCUGGACCUUCCCGCCGCGCAGCUCGUGCCGCGCGACGUGCUGAAACUAGAUCUGGCGGGGAACCGACUGACGGCGCUGCACAGGGACACGUUCCUGGACAUGACGCGCCUGAGCCACCUGGACCUGGGCGACAAUUCCAUCGAGCACCUCCCCCUGAACCUGUUCUUCUCGCUGCACGCCGUGACGCACCUGCGACUGAGCAAGAACCUGCUCAGGGAGCUGCACCGCUCGCAGUUCUUCAGCACGCGCAACCUGCGAAUCCUGGACGCGUCCUCGAACAGGCUGCGCACGCUGCCCGAGAGCCUGUUCCUGAGCACGAACCUGCUGGCGUUGCUCGACCUCUCGUGCAACCGCAUCUCCACGCUGACCGCGGGGACCUUCCGGGGCCUGACGAUGCUCGAGGAGCUGUUCCUCGGGAAGAACCGGCUGUCGACGCUGCCGGGCGACCUGUUCGCCGACCUGGCGAACCUCAGGUACCUCGGCAUCGAGGAGAACCGGCUGAAGGACCUGCCGGAGCAGACGUUCCGCGCGCAAGCGUCGCUCCGCGAGCUGAACGCCAGAGGCAACCAGCUGACGGAGAUAUCCGCAGGCUUGCUAGCGCCGCUCGAGCGCCUGCGCUCCCUCGAGAUGUCCAACAACAAGAUAGCAAAGAUCCACCCGUCGGCGUUCCGCGGGCCCACGAUGCUCGGGGACCUGCAGCUCGGCCACAAUCGCAUACGAAACGUGACGCCGGACCUGUUCUCUCACUCCCGCUCGCUGGAACGAUUGGUGCUCUACGCGAACGGCAUCGAGAGCUUGCCUCGCGGCGCCUUCCGCGGUCUGGCCAACCUGACGUCCCUCUUCCUGCACUCGAACCAUCUGAGGACGAUGGACGCCGAGCUGUUCCAAGACACGCCGAGUCUACGAAAACUGCAGUUGGAGUCGAACUACCUGUCCUCGUUACCUGCUCGGAUCCUGGACCCGGUGUCGUCCAUCGAGCAGCUUCGUCUGGCUAGAAACCCGUGGCACUGCGACUGCGCCGCCUCUUACCUGGCGACCUGGCUGCAGAAGCGGUUCCUGUCGCGAGAGGACCGCUCCGCGAACACCACCGAGAGCUUCGGCGCGUGGGAGUUCGGCGCCGGAGCGGUCUGCAGAGGGCCCGGGACUCUAGGAGGCAAGAUGCUGAUGCGCUUAUCGAUCCACGAGCUCUGCGAGGGUCAGUGGGCCUCGAUGAAAGGCCUGACACCUAGGCUGCCGGUCGACCAUUCCUCGAGUCGCGGCAACGCCGCCGGUUCCAACGCUCCCAGCGACUCCGGCGAUUCGCUCGCGACGUCCGGCUAACGCUCCCGCCCAGCUUCCCUUGUUCCCCGCUCGGCCG